AUGUGUCGGUUCAUGGUCUACAAGGGCAAGGAGCCAAUCCUCCUCUCGACCUUGAUCCUCGACCCGGCCCACUCCAUCCUUACCCAGUCCUACGACUCGCGACUCCGUCUGGACACGCGCCGACCUCACAAUGGCGAUGGCUUCGGUGUCGGCUACUACACCCCUCCCUCGUUGCUCGCCCUGCUUGGUCCCGACCCGUGCAUCUUCACCUCGACCAUCCCUGCCUGGAACUGCACCAACCUCACCCGCUUGGCCAGCAAGACCGUCUCGCCUCUCAUCUUCGCCCACGUCCGCGCCAGCACCGAAGGCGCCCUGGCCGAGAGCAACUGCCAUCCCUUCAGCCGCGGCUGCUUGAUGUUCAUGCACAAUGGAGGAGUCGGAAGCUGGAAUUCUGGUGUCAAGCGCAAGCUGGUCAGCGAUGUUGGCGACCGCUGGUUUGGAGGCGUCACAGGCAGCACCGAUUCCGAAUGGUGCUUUGCCCUGUUCCUCGACAGCCUGGAGAGACUGGGCUAUGACCCGGACAACAAGGAAGCUCAAACAGCUGGCUUCGGCCAUAGUGUCUUGCGCAAGGCCAUCCUCAAGACCAUCGAGCGCAUCAACGGCUACAUUCGCGAGCUCCCAGAAGACGUUCGAGAAGGCGACACGCGCAGUCUGCUCAACUUCGCCGUGACCGACGGCAAGAGUGUUGUAUGCACCCGUUAUGUGAGCAGUACCACCGAUGAGGCUGCAAGUCUGUUCUUCAGCUCCGGCACCAGCUGGAAGAAGCAAAAUGGCCCUUCUGCCGAAAAGGCCGACUACACCAUGGAACGCCGUGACCGAGGAGCCGAUAUUGUUCUUGUCGCCAGUGAACCUCUGACCUUCGAACGUGACAACUGGGUCACCGUUCCUACCAACAGUACCGUCACCAUUCACAACCAGACCGUCCUGAUUCAUCCCAUCAUCGAUGACUUCUACAAUCCCUCGCCUAGCUUCAAGCGCAGUUCCAAAUUCGCAGAGACCAAAGGCCAAACCACUACCGAAAUGGCAAAGGCUUCGAUCGAUCCUUCUCCCGACAACCUCGUCCAGGCCGCUGCCUGA